AUGCCCGACCAAGCUAUCCGCUCUACGAAGCUCAAAUUCAAAGGAGAGAAGACGAAGAAGAAGAGAAAGCGUGAGGAUGGUGACGAGAGGGUUGGAAGUUCAAAGCGGAAGGCAGACGACAAAGAUCCUGAGACUUGGGUCUUGCCAGAAUCUGUGAACGAGCUUCGUGGGCCGACAUUUAUUGUGCAUCCAUCAGAUCCUUCCCCGAUAUCUAUCAAUUUUAAUUCUACAACAAAUCGAAUUGCUCUACAAUCCCUUGACAAGGACAAGUCUGAAGAAACAGCAGAACCUGUCAAGCUCCUUGACCGCACGCCGACAGAUGUUGCUCAGGUCUGGGUAAUCACUCGUGUAGCGGGCUCAGCGACCAUAAACCUCCGUACCGGUACAGGGGAAGGGAAAUUUCUCUCGUGUGAUGCGCAUGGCAUUGUCUCUGCAGACCGCGAUGCUCGUGGUCCUCAAGAGGAGUGGACACCAGUAGUCUUACCAGAUGGAAUGGUCGCUUUCAUGAAUGUUUAUGAGAAGUAUCUGAGUGUUCAUGAGGCAGCUGGUGGUGUUCUCAACCUACGCGGUGACAGUGAGGAAGUAGGCUUCGCUGAACGCUUCUGGGUAAAGGUGCAGUACAAGUAUCAAAAGGAGGCCCAUGAAGAGGAGAAGAAGAAGAAGGACGGGCAGAUGUCGUCAGUCGGUAUUGAUGAGACAAAUGUUAACCGUCAAUUCCAAGCAUGGGGCGCUGGACGCUCCGUGGUUUCUUCAGAAGACAAGAAGGAGCUGAAAAAAGCUCGGAAGGAGGGUCGCUUAGCAGAGGCUAUGCUUGAUCGUCGGGCAAAGCUGAAAAGCGACAGAUUUUGUUGA